AUGAACGCCGGCAGAGGCCCCCCAACACGAGCAGUCCCCCCGACCGACCCUCCCAAGCCCCCCUUCGCCUGUCCGAUGGAAAUUCGCUCGCCAGUCCCCGGAAUUCAGCACCCCCCAAGACGACCUUAUUCAACUGCCGCUCUCCGAAUGCCUCCAGAACGCGACCCCAAUCACCAUUCAUGUGAGCACCGCACAACGAGGCCAUCACCGAUGUCACAGACUCCGAUCAUCCAACAACGCCUCAGGCAAUUUACCACCGAUUUGCAUAGUAUCCGUAAAGAAAAAAUCCGAGUUUAUGCUAUCCUAACUCGGUUUUUUGCGGACGUUUCGUAAAACCCCAAAACACUCUCUGAAUCACCCAAAAAAACUCCGAAAAGCAUGAUUUCAAUUAUGUUGAAAUCCAAAAAAUUUGAAUACAGAAAUUGCAAAUGAUCAGAAAAGUCGCGAAAAAUACAUUUAUAGAACAUAAAAGGCAAAUAUAGGCCGCUUAACUACUGAUUAAAGCUUUUGUCGUCAAGUUAUUCAUGUAAUUUCGAGAAACUUUUAAUCCAGGAAAUCACACAUCAGCCUGAAGAAGCUUACAAAUUUCGUCACUCCUACUCCCUGAUGUUCGUAUAUUGCAAAAAACAACGUAAUUUCGCCAACUCCAGAUGUUUUGACCGCUUUCAUAUCGGUUACGGUAAAAACUUGCGAAAUUUUCGUGAGGAAUAUUCGAAUUCUUUGAUUUGGCGCCAAUUCCCUGACUUUCCGGCCGUCUUCAACUUGAAAAUGCGAAAUCAUCUUGGUGGCCCAAGGCCGUGUGCGCAUUUUUUUUUGGAUUUCGUAGUCGACAAUCGCUUUUCGGCCAAACUUUUGCACCAUCGUGCUGGUUUUCGCGUUUUGUCGUUGUUUUUCGGUCCGGCGGCAGUGAGGAGACGGGCCCCAAUGGGGUGGGGCGGGGUUGUUUGUGUCAGACGGUCCCCGGAAUUCAGCACCCCACUUCUCUCUCGGCCUUUCCCGCUCGUUUCUCUCGUUUCCACUCUCCUUCGCAGAUCGCGAGCGCUCUUUUCAUACGUUUUUCGCCGUCUUCCCGUCGCAAUAAUAACAUUCAGGCCUCGGCGCUGCAGCCACCGACCCUGCCGACCCCCCAUUUUCAUCUGACUCUCUUCCGUCGAACCCCUCAGUUCUCUUUUCUGCCAGAACCGUCAGUCGGUUGGUCUGGCUUUGGCGAGGAGCGCUGCGCCUUUUUGGCCAAGUCCUGCCACUCAUGCAAAUUUGCGCGCCCAUGCCCGGGAACACCGGCUAG